UGAAUACCUGCAAUUAUGACAAUUGCUACUAAAAAUUGUAACUUCGCGUUAUAACUACUUUACCACUUUUUUCUCUUUUCGUUAACCUUUUUUAUCUGAUUGCGGAGCCUUUUUCUUCGUGUUGUGAGAGAAGCAGAGAGGCGGUGAAGGUGAACCAGAGGCGGCGGCGAAGGUGAACCAGAGGCGGCGGCGUCGAACCCUAGCAGUGCCGUCCAGAGGAAGCGCAGUGGUGUCCACCGAUCUUGACGGCGAGCCAAAUUGGGAUCGCGCAUAGUGCAGGAAAUGAUAGAAUUCUCCAUUUUCCCGAGAAAGUGAAAGAUCUCUUCUCUCACUCUGUUUCAAUCUCUUCACUCCUUUUGUUCUUGAUGUGUAGGUAAUCGGAAUCACGCCGAAGAUGACGAUUGAAAACCACCUCGUGUUGUUUGCUCCCAUUGCAACGGUAAUAGCAGCUAGACGAAGCAGAAGCACAUCUUCCCCCUGUGACUGCAAGCUUCACCGAGCAUUGAAUUUUUCUUGUUGAUUGUGUAUUGAGCAAAGGGAGCAGAAGGUUUCGGUGGGACACAAUGAGUGGCGUGUUCAAGCCUUCAAGGGAUAUGAACGCCUACGAGCUUUCCGUGAAUCAAGUAAAAAAAUGUGCGCCGCAGCUGGUGCUCUUGAUGGAGGUGAUGCUGAGUUUUGGGUUCUUUUGGCCGAGUUGCUGGGAAUAUGAAAGGUAAUUUCCAAAGGGGAAAGAAAGAAUACUGGGGAAGAAGGUUGUUUAAUAAUAUGAAACUCUUGAUUGGUUAUGCCUUUAAACACUAUGAACAAGCAAAAUCCACCAAGAAAAUCGUGUUGAGCUUCAAUGCCAGGUUGCAAACAUGUCUCCCAACAUACUAUCAAGGGAAAUGAAAAUUUGUUGUCUUGUUCCUGAAUUGUAAUCACCAAGAAAAUUACUUCUCAAGUAAGUAACCUUUAUUUCUCCUUCUCCUUUUGUGAAAACUACAUAGCUGGCUUGGUAAUUUGUUUUGUGCUAAAUUCUCAUAUUGUGAAGUCGAAAGAAAUACUUCUCUCCUUUGACAUUUUCUUUGGGUAGAUGACACGAUAUUUAUUAACUACCAAUUUGGUUGAAGUAAUUUAAAUGAUGAAUUGGUUUAAAAUCUGAUUUGUAGAGUAGUUUAGUCAUUAGUGUUCAUACUUCCAUGGUUUUCUGCUACUUUAGUUCUGAAACUAUAUUAUACAAGGUAAUGAAUUCAGUGGUAAGAGCUUUAGCGCUAGUGUAAGUUUUAUGCAAGUAGAUUUGAUUUGUAAGCUCUAUUUUUUGGCAGCUAAGAAACUAAUUUCUGGCGGUUUAAAACCGCCAAAAUUGGUAUUAAAAAGCCAAUGCAAACAAUCACAUUUGGCGGCAAUAGUUAAUGCCGGAAAUUAUGGCCGCUAAAUGAUGACUGCUUUUCCCGGCCAUUUUUACGUCUUUACCGGCGCACGGUAAAAGCGCCGGCAAAGUCUUUGCCGACCCCCGAUGCACCGGCGAAGUCGCUUUUGCCGGUAAAAGCAAUUGCGGCCAUUUUUAUUGCCGCUAAAGGAUAUAUUUAUUGCCAGUAAAAAGCCUUUUUGUUGUAGUGUUGCCAGACAUAGGCACAUAGCUGUGGAUUAUUAAUCCACUCAUACAUAGAAAGUCUGAAACAUGGGCAUUCUGCAGAGAUUCACUUCCACGCCCAUAUAAUUGGACCAAAACAAUUAGUCUGCCAACAUCCCAAUGGCCUUCACGAAACACAAUCACAUUACAGUGGAUCCAAAUCAACCAAAUAACCGCAAACUAAAUUGCCAUGAUUCCUCAUUUUUGCUUCUCCCUCUUCAUCGCUUCCUUGUGUGUUGAUGCUUUACACUAGCAGUUGUUACUUUUUUUUAGUUUUCCUCUUGUAAUACAAAAAAAUCGAAACAAAACAACUUAUAUUAAAAUAACGAAUAAUAAUGAAUAAAUGAGUUUUUGAUAUUCACAAACCACAAAUAAGAUAGAUAUUUAUUUUAUUCAAUGAGAAACAGUACAAAAAUUGUAUGCUACCGUUUAGUACCGUAUAUAUGCAUGUUGAUAUGUGUAUAGUGGGCCCCAUAAUGAUGUAACGUUGACGCGUUUGAUCUCCACAUAGACAUGUUCGAGACAUGUUAUUGGCUGUUGCUGUCUGUUGUUUUAUCGCAUUUUUAGAGCAUCUCCAAUGAGAGUGUCUCACACUAAAGAGACUCUACUAUUAGUGUUUCACACCAUUUGAGAGAAAUGGUUUUUCCACCAUGUCUAAUUUGAGUGUGGUAGUGUAGACACUUCUCUCUUAUGUGUCUCUCAUAAAUAUGUUCAUAUAAAAUAUUAUUAUAUUUGCUUAUCAUUUAAUCCCCUAAAGUAUGUAGUUGAUUGUGGGAUCUACAAGAGAAACUUUUAAGAGUUUUUUGGUUGAAGUAAAAAGUUGGUAAGUGGUUUAGAUGAUGUGACACUAUGGAAAAUUGUAAAAAAUGAAAUGUAGACACUCAACUGAAUGUGAUGGAUAAAGAUGCUCUUAGAGCAACUCCAACGGGAGUUGCUUAGCAUGGUUCCUUAAGUUAAGUUGCGUUCCUUAUUUUUCUCCCCCAUUGGAGCUUGCUGAGGUGGCGUUGCUAAGCUCCCAAAGUUAAACAACGUUGCUUAAAUAAGCAACGCUCCUUAACUUGCUGAAGCUUAAUAAAAAACUGUUUUUUCUCUUACAUUCAGCAACAGAAAUCGUUAAAAGAAGAGGGAAGAACACAUUCAUGAACAACAAUCCAACAAUCCAUUAAAUUUCAGAAAUUUCAACAAUCCAAAAUUUCAGAAAUACAUAACACAGAUUUAACCAUUAAAAUACAAAAAAAAUCAAAAAAAUUACACAAAAAAUGGAGAGGAUCUGUGAUGGCGACGGAGAUGGUCUCUUGCAUGUCGCCGAUCUGAAGGCUGAAACCUCCGUUCUCUUGCAUGUCGCUGAUCUGAUUUGAACGAGGGUUGAACGAUGAAGCUUCGAGUGAGAGAGAACGCGGAUGGAGGCAGAAACAGGGUUUGAACGAGGGUUGAACUAUGAAGCUUCGAUUUUGAACGACAGAAAGAGGGUAUUGACGGGUUUGAACGAGGAAGCUUCGAUUUUGAACGAUUUUGAUGUGAUUUGAGAGAAGAAAGCUUCGAUUUUGAACGGCAGAAAGAGGGUUUGAACGAUUUUGAACGAUGAAGCUUCGAUUUUGAACGAUUUUGAUGUGAGUUUGAGAGAUCAAAGCUUCGAUUUUGACCGCGGAUGGAGGCAGAAAGACGGUGAGAGAUGUGAGUUUGAGAGAUGAAGAGAGAAAGUUGUUUGUGGGUUUGACGUUUGAGCAGGAAGCUUCCAGAUCCAGAGAGUGAGAGAGAAAGAGGGUUUGUGUGUGUUUUGAAACAAUGAAACCGUAGGAGAAAAAAAGAGAGAGUGGGAUAAAGUGAAGGAAGCUUCGAGAUUCAUGGUCUGGGUCGGUGCGUUUUGAGCCUUAUUGAGUCUGGGUCGGUGCGUUUUGGACUCAAUGUAUCCGUUUGGCCCAAAACAAGGAAAAAAAAUCAUUAUUUUCAAGUUUAAUUAUUUUCAAGUAUAAAUAAGAUGUUUGUACCAUUUUUUUUUUUACUUUUUUACACAACUACACUUUCACACAAUUUCAUUCUUCCCACAUACUCAAUGAAUCCUUCUUUUCAAGCUUAUUGUGAGUACUUGAAAAAUCAAUCUUCUACUACUCUUGAAAAUUCUUCAAAUCCACAAAGCUCAAUGUAUCAAACACCUCCAAACCAAGUCUCACAACAACCACCUCCAAACCAAGUCUCAAUACAACCACCUCCAUACCAAGUCUCACAACAACCACCUCCAAACCAAGUCUCAAUACAACCACCACCAUAUCAAGUCUCACAACAACAACCAAUCUUUUACCAAAACCAACCACAUUAUGCCGGUAACAAUUCUCCAAAUCCACAAUAUGUAAUGUAUCAACAACAACCAUGCAUUUACCAACCACAUGCUGGAGAUGGUUCCCAAAAUCCAACUCAUUUUGUGCAUCCAUCACCACCACCACCAAACUCCUAUAGCCCUCAAAUUAGUAGCAGUAGUGAAAAAGUACCUGAAACACAAUUUGAAGGUAUGGUUGAUGAGCUUGAUGAGACUACUUUCCCUGCUAAAGGUGUUGACCAGAAACCCAAAAAACAACGCUUGAAAUGGUGCGAAAAUGACGAUAUAAUUCUUCUCCAGACAUGGCUCAACAUUUCAAAGGAUUCGGUAACAGGAACUGAUCAAAAGGCUGAAACCUUUUGGCGGAGGAUUGAACAUCAAUACAACAAGUACCGCAAAGUAGGUUCUCCUGAGAGGCAAUGGUCUCAACUGAAGUCUCGCUUUCAUACAUUGAGUAAAGCGGUCUCAACUUUUGUCGGUUGCUACAAGAAAGUUACCAACCCUCCGAAGAGCGGCUACUCUGAGAGAGAUAUCAUGGCUGAUGCAUGUUCAUUGUAUAAUGCAAUGGAAAAGACUAAAACAUUCAAUUUUGAGCAUGCAUGGCGGGUGUUGAAAGAUGAACCCAAGUGGAAAGGAGAAGCAAUGCCAAUCUAUUCUCAGCAGUCACAACAUUCUACUGAUGGGGUGCACACAUCAAUCGAUGGUUCAGAACAUGAGGUAGUACAAAUAUUUUCCCGUCCACCAGGUCAGAAAGAUAUGAAGGCAAAGGCAAAGGCUAAGGCAAAGGCAAAGGCUACAACAACUUCCAACGAUGAACAAAAGAUGGCAGAGGCGGAAUCUCUUGUCAAGGAAAAAGGGGAAAGGAUGGCAAGACUUGUCCAAUAUAAUGUAAUGCAUUUUGUUUGAAUUUUUUUUAAAUACCAUGUCCAAUUUUAAAUAUAUUUAUAUUGUUAUAAAUAUUAAUUAAUAUUUAAAUUUAAGUCAUGCUUAGUUGGAAAUAAAAAAUAUAAACAUAUGAGGUACAGUGGGGUCCAACUAAAAGUAAAAUAAGCAACCAUGCACUGGAGUGAAUUAUGCAUGGGUUGCUUAUGAGUUGCUUAAAUCCCAUGUGGCAGUCUGGGCCCACCAGAAUAGCAUUUAAGCAACCCAAUAAGCAACCAUGCAUUGGAGAUGCUCUUAAGUUGUCAACUCUUCAGCUCUAACCCCAUCCACGUGUCACUCUCUACAUUUGUUAAUUUUAUUCCUUUCCCACAUCCAAAAAUACAAAAAUAAAAUAAGUAGCGUGAUAUUUGGAAAACAUAUAUUAAAGCUAUGUUUGGCAUGUCAUUUCAGCUAGCUUAUAGUUUAUUUGACUAGCUUAAAACUUAUUUGACUAGCUUAAAAGCUCUUCAAAAGUGUUUGGUGAAUGAGCUUAUUUCAGUAGCUUAAAGCUUUAAGCUAUAAGGUAUAUCAUGUAGCUUAUAGCUUAAAGCUUAUAGCUUAUUAAAUUUAUUUUCAUUUUUAUCCUUAUUAUUUUAUUAAAAUACCACCAUUACCCUUAUAUAUUUAUAAAAACACUAAACAUAUUUUUCUCUCACACUUACGUAUGCAGUUCCCGCCACACCGCUACGCACCAUAAGUACUAAAAGUAUUAUAUUAAUAAAAAUAAGUAAAAAUUAAUAUUAUAUUUUUAAGAUGAUGUGGUAGUUAGUGAUCUUUGCCAUAUGUGUGAAUCAACACUAGAAUCUGUUUCACAUCUGUUUCUUCAUUGUGCGAAAGUAUGGCCCCCUGUGGUGUGCUGUCAUGAAUUGGGAGGGAACACAAUGGGUAGUGCCCGGAUCAUUUUCCAUGCUCAUGGAAGAAUGGGACUCUUUGGCUGUUGCUACAAAUAAACUGUGCUGGAAAAUCAUUCCAGCAUCCUUGGUUUGGUCCUUGUGGCUUGGUAGAAAUGAUGAUUUGUUUAAAGACAAGCGUUUCUCAACUCAAGAUGUGUGGGAUCUGCAUCUCUUACGCGCAACAUGGUGGGUAAAGGGAGCUUGGCCUGACUGCCCAUAUGAUAUUUCUCAAAUGCUAUCCAACUAUUGUAAUAUUAAGAUCAAAAAACGCCUUGCUGGGCCUCGCUUUGCACAAUGGGAUCCCCCUCUACUUGGCACCCUCAAAUUCAAUGUUGAUGGGUCUUCUUUUGGCAAUCCUGGCCCUUGCCGUGUUGGUGGGCUGGUUCGCAAUGCAAACAAGGAAAUUCUGGGAAUGUUCUCAAAAAGCACUGGCGACGGUUGGGCAUAUGCAGCGGAGGUAAAGGCGAUCUUGAUGGCCUUAAUCUUUUGCCACCAAUUCUUGUUGAAUAAUGUCACAAUUGAAAGUGACUCUUCCUUGGCGGUGGGGUGGGUAAAUUCGAAAAGCAAUAGACCAUGGGCUUUGAUUAACGACCUCAAUCAAAUUGAUUAUCUAGUUUCGCAAGUCAACUGCUUCAGCAUCCAGCAUAUCUUUCGCGAAGCAAACGACCAAGCUGAUCAGCUAGCGAAGGAUGGUGUUAAUCGAGCUUCACCUCUCUGGAUUUGUAAUGUAUCUAAUCCUAGUUCGCAGAACAAUGGCGCUUUUCACUGAGGCGGGUUGUGCUGUGGUUCUUGUCAUGCUUCAAGCCUUCGCGAAUUUUUUCCUUGUUAGCAAUCCUUACUUGGCUUGUUGUCCUCGUUGUCUUGAUGCGCUUGUUGCGGCUCGCUAGCUUCCUGACCCCUCUUUUUAGUUUUCCUUUUCUCUGUUUUAUUUGUCUUUGUAUUAUUUGCUUUUGUUCCUUGCUGUUUAUUAUUGUUCUGUACUCUUGCAGUUUGGUGUUUUAUCCUCUCUGCCUUAAUAUAUUUCCGUUUGGUUUUCCAAAAAAAAAAAACUUGAGUUAAUAAAAAUAUUUAAAGUGAUAAUAAUUUUAAUAUUAAUAUCAUAUAUGUAUUGAUGUGAAAAUAAAGUAAUGUUAAAUAUAAAAAUAAUUAUACAAGUUUGUCCUUUUACAAUUUCAGCUUGUUUAACAGCUAGUUUUACCAAACACUUUUGUUUCAAUCACGUAGUUUUUCAGCUUUCAGCUAGCUUAUCAGCUAAACAUGUCAAACAUAGCCUAAGCUUAUAAAAAAAAACUAAAUAAACCUUUCAAUAUUUUUUUUCCUGGUGCUCUCCAACAUUUUUUUGUUAUUGUUAAUAUAUAUUAAAUUAUAUUAUUUUCAUUCUGAUGUUAAUUUUGACCGGCCAGAAUAAUAUUGAACUUAUUUCAGAGUAACUUUGUCAAAUAUAUUUCACUUAAUAUUUUUUUGUAGAUAUUAAAUUUUAUUAAUUCAACCAUUACAUUAAUUUUUUUUCACUAAAUAGAUUGAUGAUUUAUUUACUAAAAGUUUAUACAAAUUGAUGAAAGUAAUUACCCUUUUAAUAUGGGUAUUUCUUUUCUCUUGAAUAGUUUUUUUUUGAGAGAUUUUCUCUUGAAUAGUUAAAUAGGAACAUAUGUUUAGUUGCCUCAUUAAAUUAAGUAGAUAUUAAAUCAAAGAAAAAUAUUGAAUUUUUACUCUUUACUCAAUUAUUGGAGCUCUAUCAUAUAAGACCGGUGGGACAUAUGAGUUUUAGAGAUAAAGAUUCAAGGAUCAAUAUAUCAAAGAUGCACUUUAUCUUUUAGAUGUACUAAUUUUUUUUAGAGUUAUAUGAUUGGAUGGUGAUUAUAAUUAAUCACCAACCAAGAUCAAACGGUUUAGAGUCCCACUUUUAAGUAACCGCAGACCUUUUGGCUUCCCACUUAUCGCAGGUUCUUUUCAAAAAAAAAAAAAAAAGAGUCCCACUUUUAAGUCUACAAUCUUGUGUUGAAAAAUCUCUCUCUCUGUCCCUAUAAUAUAGCAGAAUCUGUUAAGUCUUUGGGUAACUACAAGUUUCUUCGUUUGUUAUACACCUAACGUACGUUCACUGAGAUUCUUCCACCCGCCGCAAACACAAGAACACACACAGUCUCAAUCUUUUUGUCCUCCUCGUUCCUCUCUCUGGUUUUCAAGAAAUGGGUUGCGGUGAGAAGAGCCCCAAGAGCCUCCAUUCGCACGGCCACCAUCUCCACGGCGGCGGAGAUGGGAAGAAGCAGCAAGAAUUCCGAGGCGUUCCGAAAGGGUGUAUGGCGAUCAAGGUGGGCCAGGGCGAAGAGAAACAGAGAUUCGUGGUGCCUGUGAUGUACUUGAAACACCCUCUGUUCAUGCAGCUUCUGAAAGAGGCAGAGGAAGAGUACGGGUUCGAUCAGAAAGGAGCCAUCACCAUCCCUUGCCAUGUCGAGGAAUUCAGAAACGUUCAGGGCUUGAUCGAUAGGGACAAGAGCCUCCAUCAUCAUGGAUGCUUUGGCUUCUGAUUCUGUUCUAAUCAUAUCCCAGACCCAGAAAUCAUGGCCUCAAUUUUAGAAUGAAAUGGUCUUGUAAAUUUUUACCUUUUAGGUUCUUUUUCUCUUUUCUUGAAUGUAUAAAAGGAAAACUUUAAGUAGAGGAUGAUGAUGAAGAAGACAACAUAAUGUUGCUCCUUCCAAUUGUGGUUACUUUAAUGAGAAUAUGAGAUGAUCUUUUUUUGUAGAAGAAAUUUGGAAAGAAUGCCACAACUCAAUAUCUUAGUACUUGAUAUUUACUUUUUAAUUAUGGAUGAGUUUGGUUUCUAUGAGAUUGAGAGUUGAGACUUUGUCAAAUGAACUUAUGCCAAAUGACAUAUGAACAGAGAUGUUGUUUUAAAUGAUAACACUGGACUAUUUUUUUGUCUAUGU